GAGCUGCUACGAAUGCGAAUCCCUCCACACGGAUGUGUCUGUGUUGUCUGCCUUCAUAUUGACACGACUAUUUAUUAGGCUGAAUAUCAAGAUAUUCUCAAAGCUGAAUAUGUGCCUUUCAAUCAGCUGCGGAGCGAGCAUUCGGCCCCUAGCCUUAGACUCUCCUAGCCCCUCCAGAGCGGUCAGCACGCAUCAUCAUUCCGCAGUGGAAUCAGGCAAACUGAUGACGUUUGCACGGCUUCAAGGCUCUGCAUAUAAACAUUAACACUCGGAUUACCCCUUGCUUCCACCCUUCUGUCUUCCACAGAUGUUAAUUCGAAAGCUUGCAGCAGUCGCCGUCGUCCUUGGUCAAUCAUCGUGGUCCUUCGCACAGGGCCAUGUUGAGCCGGAUGAGUUCUUUGAACCUCUUGGAGGCUCUGGGUUACAAUGGAGCGUCCAGUUAGACGAUGUUUGGGCUAAGAGACCCGAACCACCUCAUUGGCCACCUCCUCAUGGGCCGCCUCAUGAACCACCCCACCCGCCGCCUAAUGUCGAAAACAAGACCAUAUAUCAGGCAUUGAAAGAUGAUGACAGAUUUUCUCGUCUAUUCAAAAUCGUCAACUUCGCGGACGAUAUUGCCUCGAUUUUGGAUGAUCCCAAGGCUAGUUUGACGUUCUUCGCUCCUCCUAACCGAGCACUUCGUCCACCCAAGCACCACCAUCACCAUCAUCACCAUGACAAAGAGCUUGACUGGGGAUAUAUGAUUGAACGCGCUGCAGAGCCUUCUACUGACCUGCUCGAGGAUAUACCCCUUCUCGAAGCCAUUGCCGACACUCAUCAGCUUGACAAGGAUCAUGACGAAGACAAGAAGAAGGAAAUAUUCAAGAAGAUUGUCACGGCUAUCCUAUCGUACCACAUCCUUCCGACAUCGUUUCUGGCUGACGACUUGGCAAAGAAUUCGACCUUCGCUACGCACUUGACAUUGCCUGAUAGUUCUCUUGACGGGAAGCCUCAACGCAUCCGGGUUUCAGCAAUCCCCAGGCUCAUCUUCCCUCCGGGUCUUGCGGUCAACUUACGUUCAAGGAUUAUUGUAGCUGAUGUGAAGGCUGCGAAUGGUGUCAUCCAUGUCGUCAACCACCCUAUAUUCCCUCCAUCAUCUAUUUUCCAGACUCUGUUCUUCUUCUCAGACGUCUUUUCAAUCUUCACUUCGGCGGUCCAGCGCGUUGGUUUAGGCGAUGCUAUCGAGUGGCGUUACGUUCCCGGAAAAGACGGAAGCAAGGGAAGCGUGCAAGGUUCACCAUCAACCACUGUCUUCGUUCCCACCAACAAGGCCUUCGCAACGCUGCCUAAGAAACUUAAAACCUUCCUGUUCUCACCUUUCGGCGAACACGUGUUGAAGAAGCUUAUUCAAUUUCAUAUUGUCCCCGAACUCAUUGUGCACAGUGACUGGAUUCAUAACGCAACUGACUCUCUCUCGGUCGCGUCUUCCGCUGAUCUGGAUCUCCAUGAGGCUUUACAAUAUGCUAGGUUCGGCAAGAUGGGCCUUCACCACACGAAGAAAUCAUCCCACGAACGUCGUCAUGCUAGGGGCCAAGGCAAAAGCGAUGAAGCGAUCUCGCCUGCCAAAUGUGGCCACCUUCAACCUCCUCACAUCCCUCACCCUGAACCCGUCUACGCUGUGAACCUCACCUUGCCCACUCUCCUCGCUAAUCACACACUCUACGUCAACAUCGCUCAAUAUGAGUGGCGACUCCCCUUGCCUCCACACAAGAGUACGUAUCAUACGAAGGUUGUGGCUCAUGGUGUGAAUGUUGGUUUUGCGGAUGGCGUAGCGAGGAAUGGCGCAUUGCAUAUCAUUGAUCGGGUUCUGAACCCGAGAAAGGAUAACGAUCACCACCACCACGAUGAUAAGGAGAAGGCAUCUGGGGUGGAUGAAUGGGACGGUUGGGAAGACUGGUUGAUCAAAUGGGCGGAUGAGAACUAGGUCGAGUUUCACGGUGUAUUGUCAUGAAUGUCUGUGUAUAGUAAACGACGAGAGUCAAAUUAUUAUCAUCUCCGUACGGGACGUCUGCAAUUGCA